GGCACUUUUUAGCAGAUUCAUAUUAAAAUCCCGCCAUAUUAAUGUAUUUAUUACUGCUGUGAAAUAUCAAUUUAAAUGUCUGUAUGUAAAAAAGUUGAAGGCAAAGAGCCCUUAAGUUAUCCUUAGCAUAAGUUUUAUUAUAUUUGGAUUCAGAAUGGGAGAUAUAGAAAAUCUCAUUGAUCUGUUACCGAUUUAUUAUGCUAGGUUAUUUCCUUUUAAUGAUUAUUAUGACUGGCUUAGUUAUGGAAGUUUAAAUAAUUUCACUAGAAGAGAAUUCUCUUUAACUCUUCAGGGUGAUAUUUAUAUUCGAUUUCAAUCAUUUAAAACUCCCAAAGAUUUAGAAGGAGAAAUCAAGAGACUUAUUCCAUUUAAAAUUGAUAUUGGUGCAGUGUACAAUGUCCCACCGAAGGAACAAAGGAAACGACCAAAAUUUUUUCCCGUAGAAAGAGAACUUGUUUUUGAUAUCGAUAUGACAGAUUAUGAUGAAGUAAGAACGUGUUGCGAAGGCACAGAUAUUUGUAACAAAUGUUGGAAGUUUAUGGUACUUGCAUGUAAAAUAUUGGAUGCAGCAUUGAGAGCUGAUUUUGGAUUCAAGCAUAUUCUCUGGGUAUUUUCUGGUAGGAGAGGUAUACAUUGUUGGGUUUGUGAUCCAGAAGCACGCUUUUUAGGAGAUAUUCAACGCUCUAGCAUUGCAGAAUAUUUACAAUUAGUAGGUGGUGGAGAAUACAUGAAAAAGAAAGUCAAUUUAACCCCUGAUAAUAUACAUAAAUCUAUUCGACGUGCACUGGAAAUAAUUGAAGCGGAAUUUAUUCCUAUGUGCAUCGAAGAGCAAGAUAUAUUAGGAACCAAUGAAAGAAUUGAAAAGUUUUUAGCAAUACUACCGGAAGAAGAAGACCAGACAGAACUAAAGAAUUUAUUUGGUCAAUGUUCAUCCAGUGCGACACGAUGGAAGGCGUUUUGUGAAUUUGCCAAAGAAAAAAGAUCUAAGAGAGGAACAAAAUGGUAUUUAUACCGUCAUCUUAGAGAAGAAGUAAUGUUGCAAUAUGCAUAUCCGAGGUUAGAUAUAAAUGUCACAAAAGGAAUGAAUCAUCUUUUAAAAUCACCUUUUUGCAUACAUCCAAAAACGGGCAAGGUUUGUGUACCAUUUACAGUAAAGACCGUAGAAAAAUUUCAACCAGAUAAGGUUCCAACAAUAAUGACAUUGAUAGAAGAAAUUAAUGAGUUCGAUGCAAAGGAAAAGACAGAAGAAAUUAAUAAUUUAGAUACAACAAAGAUAAAAGAUUACAAAAAAACCAGUUUAAAAAAAUCACUUCACAUAUUUCACGAAUUUUUAUGGGGACUAAAAGAAGCUCGCAAAGGCUUAAAGGCUAAGGAGAAUGAUGAAAAAAUGGAAUUUUAAGGAUUUAAAAAUUAUCUUUGUAUAUAAUACUUUAUAUUUUACAAAUAAAAUAGAUUGUAUUAUGUACGUAACGAUAUUUUCAGAACCAUUUUUAGAAACAUUUUUAUAUGUAAAAACAUUAAGAAUCCAAUCUAAUGAAAUCAAUAUUUUAGUUGUAAAAUUUAUGAAACGUAUUUGUAUAACAAGCUCCAUGUAAGAAUUUUUGUUAAGAAAAAUUUUUAUUUGACAAAUAAAUAUAUUUGGCGUAUAGGAGUCACUCAAGACUCGGUGGUGUAUUGACGGAGAAUAAAAAGAAUUCGCUGGUAAAGGAAA